CAGUUCUAUAUCAGCGUUCAGUACGAACUUUUCUUGUGACUUUCUGAAGCCGAGGAGCAGUUUGCCAGUAAGACAAAUAAUUAUUUUCUUUUCAAAUCACUUUAAAUAACACGCGCGUAUCACCUUUCGAAGGGUCUUGAUGCAAAUACAAGUGAGUAACGUUACUCGAGUCCAGUAAAGAGGUAUAUAUUACAUAACGUGAGAAAGUGUAUUUCUCUGGUGGCUUGAAAUGGAAAGUAGUCGAUUGUGAGAUUGCAAAGAUCGCGACAGAAAAACGUACUUUAUCAGAGACAACGGCUUUAUGCUGGGCUUUUUAAUGUGAGUACCUGUUCAGGAUUGGCGCUAAAAGACGGAACAUUUGGACAAAAUGAGAAUUUUGCUACUGUUUAUCAUCACAUCAAUCUACAGUGUUGAAAGCUUGCUAAAUAUUGUCAAGACUACCUAUUCUAAUGGAGAAAAUAUUGGAUUCACUGACUCUAAAUACGAUUUUAUCAUCGUAGGAGCUGGGUCAGGAGGUUCUGUGUUAGCCAAUCGUCUGUCAGAGAACAAAAAUUGGAGAAUUUUGUUACUAGAAGCGGGAUACGCACCAAGUCUUCUCAAUCAGAUUCCACUGUUUGUCGGCUAUUUCCAAUUAUCUGAGUAUAACUGGAAAUAUAAUGUCGAACCUCAAAAACACGCCUGUUUGGGGAUGAUAAAUAAUCAGUGCGCUUGGCCAAGAGGCAAAGCUUUGGGUGGAACAAGUAUAUUAAAUUACAUGAUUCACACACGUGGCAACAAAAUGGAUUAUGAAAAAUGGGCUAGUUUAGGUAACGUUGGAUGGUCCUACGCAGAUGUUCUUCCGUAUUUUAAAAAAAGUGAACGAUUUAACGUACCAGGUAUCACGAAUUCUUCGUAUCAUGGUAAAAGUGGUUAUUUGUGCGUGGAGCAUAUACCCUAUCAUACAAAAUUAGCGAAGGCUUUUCUAAAGGCUGGCGAAGAGUUGGGAUACAAAAUUGUGGACUACAACGGUCAAAAUCAGAUAGGUUUCUCGUACAUUCAGGCAAAUAUGAAUCGUGGAACGCGCUGCAGUGCCGCGAAGGCUUAUCUCCAGUCGAUUAAUCGAUCAAAUUUAGAGAUCAUCACUGGUGCCAGAGUGAUUAAAGUAUUAAUAGACUCAAACAAGCAAGCGUACGGCGUCGAAUAUGUACAGAACGAUAAAUUCAAGAAAGUGACUUGUAAAAAAGAAGUAAUAUUAUCCGCCGGUACAAUCGAUUCGGCCAAGUUGUUGAUGCUAUCGGGAAUAGGUCCUAGAGAUCAUCUAGAAGAACUGGGCAUUCCGAUGAUUCAAGAUUCUAAAGUCGGUUACAAUAUGUACGAGCAUAUCGGUUUUCUUGGACUUACUUUUAUGAUCAACCAAAGCGAGUCGAUAUCGCCAAAAAAUUUGAUCAACCCGAAUAUACUUUUUGAAUAUCUCCUGCACAAAAACGGCGUGUUGACAGUCCCAGGAGGCGCUGAAGCGCUAGCAUUCAUUAGAAGCAAGUAUGCUCCUGACGAACGACCGGACAUUGAGCUUCUUUUUGUCUCUGGCUCUCUGCAUUCGGACAAUGGUGAAGUCUUAAGGAAAACCUUGAGACUUACGGAUGACGUCUACAACACUGUUUUCAAACCUAUUGAAAAUCAAGAUGCGUGGUCUAUCUGGCCAAUCGUUCAAUAUCCCAAAAGUGUCGGCCGUCUCACGUUACGAUCCAAGGAUCCGUUCGAGCCGCCUAAGAUGGAUACACAUUUUUUCAGCCAUCCGGCUGAUGUGGAAAUUAUUCUAGAAGGAGUAAAACACGCUAUCAACAUAUCCAAAACAGCAGCUUUUCAGGUAUUUGGUAGCCGACUACACGAUAUCAAGAUUCCAGGUUGUACACAUUUUGAGUUUGCUACCGACGAUUAUUGGCGUUGCGCUAUCAAACAUCUGCCGUCUAUGAUGAAUCAUGAAAUAGGGACUGCGAAAAUGGGACCGAAAACGGAUCCUUACGCUGUCGUUGAUCCAGAGCUGAGAGUAUAUGGCGUUAAAAGACUCAGAGUGGUAGACGCUUCGAUUAUGCCGAUAAUGCCCACCGGUCAUGUAAAUGCAGGGAUUUUUAUGAUAGGUGAGAAAGCCGCGGACAUGAUUAAGAAAACGUGGGAGAGAGCAUUAUAAGAUACAUUCUCUUCAAUAUGCUCAAAAGAACACUGAAUAUUUAGUAUAUUGCAUAGGCAAUAGCUUGAGUUGAUUUCGAUUUUUUAAUAGUAAGAACUCCGAUAUAUAAAUAAUUCACAAAAUAACUCGAUCGUUGUAGAAAAAGAUCUAUGCAAAAAAUUUUCAGAUAAAAACUAUGCGUACAAUUCUGCCCGCAUGUUCUAUAUCUCUUAAAGUAUAUAAUAGCGACGAAUAAAGAGUUAGUCUCACUUUUUAUGAAAACGCAUAAUGUUUGCUCAUUAUAAUUAUCAUCUUCUUUCUGCAUCCUUUCAUACAUAUGUUCCCGUCAAGUUAGUCUCCUAACCGUACAAAACAAAAUCUAAUCCUACCUAAACACUAUGUGUUUUACUUAUAAUAUUAGAUGUUAAUUAGGUGCCCAAAAAUUUCGACUCCUUUGGCAAAAAAUUAAAAAGAAAAUCGGCGAAAAAGCUGAUUUAUGUCAAGACUGGCUCUUUUAUAUUAAAAAAAAAUAUAGUUUUGGUAAAAAAAUCUUGAUUAAUAAAUUACAUUAAGUAAUAAGCAGCU